GAGUUGGGUCGGAAAUCAUCGGUUCACAAUUGGGUCUGCCUCAUUCAACAGCCAACCAACAACAACAUAACUCAAACUCGGAGUCAGACAGAUGUCUCGGCAAUUUCAAAACCUCGAUGAAGCUCUGGAUGAAGUCGAAAAUGAUAGACGGGGUGAUUCUGGACAUACCAAAUGGUCCAGACAGCAGCGUAUUAAUGUGACCCUUCCACCUCCGAAACGCAACUGUCAGAUCUAUGGCUACUGCGUAUCCAAGAGGUGGUUCUGUGAUACGGCUCUUUCCUUCCUUGGCAAGGUGCAUCGCAACCGUCCCGCCCAGGAGGCCCGGAGCAGCGCCCAGGUAGACCCCAUCUAUGGAAUUGCAAGACACUUCGGCAUUUAUUCGAUGGGUGUGGGUGAGGCAACUCUACCUCCCGGGCAGAUAGUUCCAGUGGAAUGCAUGGACGGCGAACUCGUUAAUGUGCUGUACAUCUUCAGCGACCAACCUGGCAAUUAUCGCCAGCGCCCAACUCAGAAGCAGGUUGAUGAACUUACCAAGUUCGUGGGCAGGGAGCCGCAGUGGUGGGUAGACAGCUCGACAGGAAGCUUCUUCGAGCGAUGAGUGAUUGAAUGCGUGGGGGGUCAAUCGCAGGGAUUAGACUGGGCAACUAGUAGCGGCAGGGGGAAAGUUGAUGAGGCUUCUAUCAAGAUAGUCUCAAAUUGAAGGUGUCUCCGUCAAGCGUCAAUGUAUUCGGAAUCAUCAAAUUCAACAUCGCCGAUGGACUCGGAGGUACAAUUGGAAUGAGAGAUGAUUAUAUGGGGGAAAUGGUUGGGUGAAGAUGGUUGGGGAAAGUUAAUUAUGUAAUAGAAUGGAGACGUAGCGUUUUCAAAUGCACGGGCUCGGCCGUCGACGUCAUGUCAAAAGACGUUGACCAAUGACCAAAUGCCCUGGCAGCGCCCACCAACGACAUGGACAUUGGAG